AUGGAUUUCAGUCCGCUCACAGACGCUUUAGCUUCCAAAUCGUACGGAAAGAUCGCUGAUAUCUGCGAUGAACUCAUGCUCAAGGCUGCAGCAGAGCUAGAAGGGACUCCUUUCGAGGAGGAGUGGCCUUUUGCUAUUCAUCUUCUUGCCCAUUUUUAUGUCAAUGACAUUAACGGCGCACGAUUUCUGUGGAAAUCUAUACCUUCCGCGGUGAAAGAGAGGCAACCAGAAGUUGUUGCAGCUUGGAAAAUUGGUCAGAGGUUGUGGACGCGUGACUAUGCUGCCGUGCAUGAGGCUAUUCGUUCUUUUGAUUGGACUCCACAAACUCAACCUCUUGUUGCUGCUUUCUCAGAGGUUUACACCAAGAGGAUAUUUCAGCUUUUGCUUUCUGCUUACUCAACAAUAGGCAUCCAAGAUACAGCUCUCUUUCUCGGAAUGAAUGAAGAUGAUGCCACGAGUUAUGUACUGCAGCAAGGUUGGGUUGCUGAUCCUGCUUCUCGAAUGCUAACCGUGAAAAAGCAGCCUGUUGCGACGGAGCAGAAACUGGAUCCCAGUAAACUACAGCGCUUGACAGAAUAUGUGUUUCACUUAGAGCAUUAA